UUCUGAAUGGAGCAACAGCCACACUGCGCUACCGAAGAUGACGUAACCGCCGCAGCCACCAGCGCCGUUUCGAAAUCCGAUAACCCGCGCGUGGGGACGCGCCACCCUGUCUACCGCGGCGUCCGGAAGCGGCGGUGGGGCAAAUGGGUGUCUGAAAUUCGGGAGCCACGCAAGAAGUCUCGCAUAUGGCUCGGUUCCUUCUCGGCGCCGGAGAUGGCGGCGAAGGCCUACGACGUCGCCGCCUACUGCCUGAAGGGACGCAAGGCGCAGCUCAAUUUCCCCGACGAGGUGCACCACCUUCCGCCGCUGCCUCCGCCGUCAGUCUGCACCGCCAGGGACAUUCAGGCGGCGGCUGCCAAGGCGGCUCACAUGAUGAUGAAGGCCGCUUCGCCUGAGAAGAGCAGCAUUACUUCCGACGGCGAUGGCGACAGCGGCGGCGAUGAUUUUUGGGGUGAGAUAGAGCUGCCGGAGCUCAUGAACAGCAACUUGUGGACUUCCUCCGGCGAAAUCACGGCGUUUCCGGAGGCUGAGCUUCCGCCGCAACAACCUUUCACGGCGUGCCUAUAGUGUGUAUUAUUAUGGAAAACUGUUUUGUGUUU